AUGCAGCGCCGUGUGGAGUCCCAGUUUCGCCGGGACUGGAACUUCGGCUACUCCAUAUGGAACUACAUCUUCCGAACAGCAGUCAACCUACAGAAAAACGUCUACAUGUACUCGAUCCCAGACGAGUCAAAUCCUGAAAGGCGCCGACCGAUGACUGGCAAGGAAGUCCUCAAAGGCGCGAGUGACCUGCUGCGGGCGCUGGACAGCAAAUACGCGGACGUCUCCGGCGAGCUGAAGGCCGUCAAGGGCGACUUGGCCAAAACGCGCUACUGCGUGCCCAGUCUCUCGCGCGAAGCAGUGAAAGUGCUCGACAACUUGGAGGCCAGGACGCGGAGGAUCCCUGGCACCCAAGAGGUGCGGACUACUAUGCGUUUGCAAACACAUGCCAACCGCGUCUGUUACGGGCUCUCCGUCUUCCUAACGUUCUCCCCCUCGGAGCGCGACACCGCGCUGAUGCUCCGCCUGGCCCGGGUACGGCAAAGCGACCCCUCCUUGCAAAGCGACAGAGACAGAAGCUUCCAAUCUCGGAGCUCGCCCAAGCUAGACGAGGAGUUCUGUAGACUCUCGCCCGAGGCGCUCUUGGAGGAGCUUCCCGACUACGACGAACGCAAGACGCUCCUGGCCCGAGAUCCACUGGCCUGCGCAGAAGGCUUCAGAGUUCUGGUGCUUCUGGCGCUGCGGCACCUCCUUGGAGUCCGGUUCUGCCCGCGCUGUCCAGACUGCGCGGCUUCCGACUCGCCCUGCGCUGACGCGUUUGGCAGCAACGCUACGGCGACGGGCGGCGUGCUGGGUCGGGUCGACGCCGUGUACGGCUCGAUCGAGUGUCAAAAGGCCGGCUCCCUACAUGGCCACUUCCAAGUCUUUGUGCAGUGCUUCCACCAACAUACGCCCCUGUCGCAACUGAUGAAGCUGGAAGAAGAGGGCGGCGUGAGACGACUGUUCCAGAAGUACGCGAGCUACUCUGCCCAUGUGAGGCGCAGCGUCUAUUGUCGACCUGACCUAUGGCAAGAAGGGCUGCGCGAGACCGUGGAAGCCGAUUGGCCGGAAUAUAAAGAUAGCAGUUUGAUGCUGAGCCGGCCGGCGUAUCAGACCGACGCUUCGAUGAGCCCGGCCGACUGGAAAGCCCGUUUCCUGGAGGUGGAUGUAGAGGAGCUACAGCAGCGCAAGCAGCAUCACGUCCACCUGCCCGGCCCAGACGGGCAGCGACAGCCCUUGGCCCACUGCCAGGACGCCCGGGACCUGUCCAAAUGCAAGAGCGGCUUCCCCAGAGACAAGGCUCUAGUGGAUGGGACAGUCUUGGUGUGCCCCGGUCUCGGCCAGAACUUUGAGCUACCUGUCAAAGGCAAGCGGAGCUUGCUCGGGGUCUGCUGGGGCCCGGUCAACGAGCCGAACCUCAACGGGAACCACCCCGCGUUCCUCGCGGCGCUGAGAUGCAACGGAGACCUGCAGCUACCCUACCGUUUCCCGAUCACUACCGAGACGCACAGCGACUCGCUUUGCGAGGAGAACUGCGCGGGCAGGCAAGCCAUUCGCUUGCUGAUCAGAGAGGCGCAGCUGACGCAGGCGGCGCAAGCUGGAUAUGCCUGCGACUACAUGAACAAGCGACUGGCGAUCGCCCGGGCCGAGAUCCAAGAGUGGCAGCGGGGGCAGCGGGACUUAGCGGCGGAUCUGGAAGACAAGCCGGUCGGCUACCUCGCGGCUCGAAGCAACAAGAGGCUAAUCACGGAUAUUUACUCCAGGGGGGUCUGCCGCGGCGCCGUGGAAUGCUGCAACCUGAUCGUCAACUCUGGCAAGAACGACCCGACCUCUGCGGAAACGAUUAAGACGGCCCCCGUGACGGAUAUUUCGCUGUCGUUUGGAUUGCGGCUGAUGGAAGCCGCGGAAACCGGUGAGCCGUGGCCCGUGGAGCCGCGGCGCCAGCAGCCGGAUAAGCGCGACUUUGGGCUGCGUCAGACUGUCUCCAGGCCGGCCUUUUGGACCUUCUACGGAUCGCGCGGAAAAGAUCCUCGAGUCUUCGAAUUAUCUGCCUUCGAAUUUGCUCGCCACUUCCAGUGCGCCGUAGCCAGACAUCCUCGCAAGGUCGCGGACUUAGGCUGCGAAGGCGAAGAGGAAGAGGAGGAGGGCGACGAGGGGCGCAAUUGCGGAGCCGAGUUCCACGCUUACUUGAAGAUAUUGGCGCGUCUCCGCCGCGCCGCGCUACUGCCCGGGACGCACUAUCGCGUCAAGGAUCUCGGCGGCGAAGACUGGGUCGCGCUGAGCGACGGCGCUCUGGGGCAAACCUUCAGGCACGAUUGGGUAGCAGUCCUACGGCGCCGGCCCAACAUCCCUGUGGUUCAAGGAUACUGCCAAGAAGGUGCUCCUGCUGUUCUUUCCAUGGCCAAGAAGGUGCUCCUGCUGUUCUUUCCAUGGACAAACGAUCCUUCAGAAGCUACCUCUCGCGUGCCCUAUUUGAGCAGCUUCAAGGCCCCGGGCGUCAAGACCUGGAGACACGCGCUGCGAUUCCGCCUGCUGCGAGACGGGUUCCCGACCGAGGAGGUCAAGCAGUUUGCUCAAAACUUCUGCUUCGUCUACGGCCUGCCGCGAGAACUUCAGCCGAGCGACAAGCUGGAGGAAAACAGCGACAACGAGUUCGAAGACGAGCCGAUGGAGCUGGAGGAGGAAGACCUCCUGGCGGCGCAGGCCACGCGCAUCAAAGGCGCCGCGCAGCCGGGCGAAGCUGGGGGAGGAGAGGAAGAAGACGCCGAGGCAGAGACGCCAGACGCGACCGCCAAGGCGCAGCGGAUCGCCCGCACGGAGCAGAUGUUCCAGCUGUCCAAGGAAGUCUGGGGCGGGGCGGCCGCGUCCGGCGAGGGCGACCCAAGCUUCGCCCAACACUAUGCCGAUAUGGCGGCCAAGCAGGCCGUGGAAGACCACGACGAGCUCGAGGAGGCGGCCAAGGCCUCCCGCGAGAAAGCCAGCAAAGGAGGCGCCAAUGCAAAGGAGGGCCCCGGAGUGAGCGCGGUCCGCCCGCUCGUGACAAAGGCCGGCCUGCUCGGGUGGCUGGAAGCCAAGCGGCCCAACCUAAACGCCAAGCAGCAAGAAAUCUUGGCGCUAGUCGUGGAGCGGGUUCUGAUCGAGUGUGGCCUGCUCGCGCCGGAAGAGUCGAGUCGCCAAAGCGGCGAGCCCUUGGUGUGGCUAUUACACGGGCCUCCGGGCGCGGGAAAGUCUCACGUCCUGAAGUACUUGAGGGAACUCUUCGAAGAGCAGCUCGGCUACGUCCAAGGCAUCGACUACGAGGUCGCCGCCUUCCAGGCUGUGAACGCCGCGGACAUCAAGGGCAAGACGAUCCACAACGUCUGUGGUUUGAGCGCCGACUGGAAGGCCGUCGACCGCGCCGUCAGCAAGGAGGUGGCCAAGCGGAUGGGGCUCUGGCGCUGGCUCAUCAUCGACGAAGUCAGCAUGGUGAACGCCCGGCUCCUGGCGCAAGUGGAUCAGCGCCUGCGCAGCGCGGUGCCAGACGCGGCCGCCUGGAAGCUCGACCCCUCCGCCAACUCCUCCCGACCCUUCGCGGGCAUCAACGUGCUCUUCACCGGGGAUUUCUAUCAACUGCCUCCGCCUAGCGGGGCGUACUUGGGCGACGUCCCCUACAAUCGGCGCCCGCGAGCGCCCGACGACUUGACGGCCCCGGACCCCUUGGCGGACUAUGGCAGGGAGCUGUUCUGGGGCGGCGCCGUCCAAGGCGUCACCGAGUUGGAGGAGCGGGAGAGAUGCAAGGACGGCUGGUGGAAUGCAGUUGUGGACGAGCUACGAGCCGGGCACCUCUCGGAGCGCAACUGGAAAUAUCUCCAUGGGCUCCCGGUGGAAGGCUGCGCCCUGUCCGACGAAGAACGGGCGUCUCGACGACGAGUCGUCGCGGGCCACAGCGACCCGCGGCUCCAGGAAGCCAAGUUCAAGCAGGCGCCAGUCAUCGUCGCGAACAACGACGCCAAGUUUCAGAUCAACAAAGACCGCGCGCUGCGCUAUUCGAAGGAGUCGGGCGCGCCGCUGCGGUGGGCCGCCGCCGCUGACAGGCCGGGCUUGGCGCUCUUGCAGACUCAGGCCUGCGACAAGGCGGCGAGGGUCCGUUGGCUGCAAUACCAUGACAGGGACACUGGAAACCUGUGUGGAAUGCUACCGCUUGCCGUGGGCAUGAAGGUGGCGCUGACAGAGCACUUGGACAGGUCUGAAGACAAGCUCCUUCUACGCGGCGCGACGGGGUUCGUGCAUUCCUGGCGCUGGCCUCCUGGCGCGCGGCAGCCUACCCACGUCUACGUGAAGUUUCAAGGCGCGGAGUGGCAGCUCGAAGGCGCGCCCGAGCCGGGCCUCUAUCCGGUCACGCGGCAAACCAAGGUCUGGUUCCUGGACGGCGAUCUCCCGAACUCAGAUCCCGCUAGUGCCGGCCUACGCCAUCACUGCCCACGGGAGUCAGGGUAA